AUGCUUUUCUCAAUCCUCGCCUCCGCCUUGGUGGCCCUGGGAACCCAGGUCAUCGCCAUCCCCUUGACGCCCCCGGAAGGCCUCCACCACGUCGACUGCCCCGACUACGACACGUACCAGACGUUCUUGACGUGCUACAGCCAAGCCGUAGUCCAUAACUGCGGAGGACUGAUCGGUAACCCGGUCAUCGCGUGCAAGCUCAAGUGGGGCACGUCGUGCGGAAAUUAUACUGUUGCAUGA